AUGACACCCAAAGAAAGCACCCGAAACAAAGCCAAGCAUUUCAAGAUCUGCAAUGCCAUUGGCGGCCUAGAUGUGACACGACUGGUGUCGACGAAUGCCCGCAACUUUUUCUCUUCGGCGAUUGAAGAUGUGGAAUUGAUGAGAGAAUACGUGAGUGAAUUUGCGCAUUCUGGAAACUGGACCGGUGAGUUUCCGACGUUGGAAGCAAUGGGACAAACACUCGAUUGGCAAGCGCGAGGAUUGCCAAAUGGCACGACAACGGUCGAAAUAGGACUGGGGUACGCCGACGACAGACCGGAUAGACGCGUGGAACGGUUUGUCGGUCUCAAGAACAUGCCGUCAGUAGGAGACCAGUAUUCUGAGUUUGCCAUGUUGGAUCCCCUGUCUCCUUUGUUGCCAUGGCUUGUGGACCGCAAAUCCAAGGAAUCGGCCUGGUGGAAAGAUCACAUGAAUGGAAGGACCGAAGGAGACAAGAAGGAGAAAUUUCCCACGCAAUCCUUCUACACGGCCGCUUGGGUGUGCGGCGAGGCAGACACACUCAUGUACUACCCACCUCUCUCAGUUUACGAGCAUCCCCUUACCAUCGGAGAUGUCGUGGGGGAGCAGUAUGAUUCCAGGGUACAACCGUUCGUCGUCCCGGCCCUACCCCAAUGGAACCCCGAACGAAAGGCUCUAUUUGCCCCACCGUACCCGGACUUGGCACUCCCUGGAGUUUCGCUCAUCUCAGCACUUGCUCCCGUGUACUAUAGUGGCCGGUUCCGGGGAUACGACUAUCAGGAUACUUUUGUGGCCACUGCAGGGAUCGAUAUCGCGGUUAGCGACAUUUCAGCAUUUCUCGAUGAUCUGCAAGAUACAUUGACGCCCAACAGUUUUGGGCUGCUGGUGGACUUUAACUUUAACACCAUUGUCAUUUCGCAGGAGGUGGUGAACCGCCUCUACCCGGAAAGGACUGGAAUGGAAGAAAUCCGAAUCACGUAUGAUCUAGUGGAUGAGAGCGUCAUUCUUCAAGAUCGAAGGAACCAGACCUACUUGCCCUCGGAUACGAUUCUUCAAGACCUUACCAAGUUGGACAAUGCAAACUGGAAAGGCCUUUGGGAAAAAAUUCAAGCAACGCCUCAAGGAGAGCGAGCCUUUGAGACCCUCAAUGUGACCCUGACGGGACAGGAUUCCCCCACGGAAUUCUAUGUCAUGUACGAGAACUGGGACACUGUGGCCGACUGGACUCUCCUGGUGUUCGUUUCCAAGGCGGAAGUUCACAAGGCUAUUCAAGUCUAUACAACAUCCGAAUACAGCAGCUUGGUGGGUGGACCUGAUGCAGCCGAUCCUGCUGUCUCCAUGGAGGGGGAGCGUGGUGUAGUCCUGGAGGGAAGCAGUAUGAUUGUCAAUGGGGGGAACUUGGACGUGACGCUAUCACUCAGCAAGAUUCCCCCUUGGGUUCAGAUCAACGAUUCUGAACUCUUCUCAGAUGACACCUACACUCUUCGCUCAGGGGAGUUCCUUCCCAUUCAAUUCCAGGUUGCUACAUCAGAACUGGCCACUGGUACCCAGUCAGAUUCCAUUGUAUUUGAUGUUCGAGAUGAUGGCUAUCCGGAUUGUUUCUACAGUGCUCCAGUCACCAUUCCCCUUUCAGUUCUUGUUACCCCCAAGGACUGUGGAGACAACCGGAUUGCCGACUUUGAAGGCAAUUGCAUUUGCAGUCCUGGCACAGUUGCAAUGAACGGCAGCUGCAUGAAAACAGGGGCUGUGGUUGCGGCCUUUCUUGUCCCCAUUGUGGUCCUGGCUUGUUUGGCCCUCCACUUGUAUGUCAAGCACAGGCGUCGACUGGCUGAUUCUGUAUGGGAGAUUGAUCCAAAGGAGCUUGAGAUUCCGGUUCCACCUGUCACUAUUGGCUCAGGAAGCUUUGGACAAGUGGUCCUGGCCGAGUAUCGCGGCAGCAAGGUGGCAGUGAAAACCAUCCGCAGCACACUCAUAUCGAAGGGAUCCACAACCGAGUCACAAAUCUCGAGUGAUGACAUGGAAAAAGGCUCAUCUGCACCCAUUACGUCCACAAUAGCCUCAUUUCGCAGCUCUUCUUCUCUUGCCAAAAGAAAGACUCAUCGCGAAGCCUUCAUCAAGGAGAUUCGCAUGUUGUCUAGGUUGCAGCAUCGCAACAUUGUCUGCGUCAUGGGAGCUGUUGUCGAGGGAAGAUCAACGCCCAGCUUGGUUCUUGAAUACAUGGAGCGUGGAUCCCUCUUUGAUCUCGUGCGCAGCGACACAAAGAUGGAUGGGCAGCUCAUUCUCGACAUUUUGAAGGACGUGACACAAGGCUUGCGGUUCCUGCACAACACCAAGCCAGAGCAGGUCGUCCAUGGAGACCUGAAGGCCCGCAAUGUGUUAAUUGAUGAAAAGCUAAGGGCCAAGGUUGCUGACUUUGGAUCUGGCACGCCUGGGACUCCAUAUUGGACGAGCCCAGAGUUGCUGCGCCAAAGGACAGAGAGCACCCCUGCAAGCGAUGUGUAUGCUCUAGGUAUCACAGUGUGGGAAAUGUAUGCCAGAGCGACACCAUACCAAGGAGAAGAACCAAGUGUUGUGAUUCAAGAGAUCAAAGAUCCCAAAGUGAACAAGAGACCACCUUACCCUCCGAACAUGCAAUCCUGUGUUGCUGCCAUGAUGCAUGACUGUCUCCUGGCCAAUCCUGAGGAGAGACCGACUUUGAAUGAGCUUGCUAGCCGUAUCAACCGAUUCAAGCCUGUGGAUGUGGAGUACCAGGUUGAGAAGGAGGAGUCGGGUGAGUUGGGCUUUCUCAAAAAGCUCUUCCCUGCUCACAUUGCAAAGGCACUUGGUGAAGGGAAGACAGUGGAACCAGGGACACAUGAAACAGUUACAUUGGUAUACUGUGAGAUUGAGGGUUUUGGAACCCUUUCAUCGGAGCUUCCUCCAAUCAAGGUCACUGACUUGCUGCAUCGUCUGUUUGAUCGAUUGGAUGCGCUGGCUGAGGAACACAAUGUGUUCAAGGUUGAUAUGAGUGGAGGUGGUGGCUGGAUGGGUGCCACGAACUGCAUCCAGGAUCAGGGAAAUGACCACGCGAAGCGAAUGGCAAGGUUUGCCAUCCUUGCUGCUUCAGCAGCCAGUGAAGUGCUCAUUGAUGAAGGAAAUCCUGAACAUGGCCACGUUCAGAUAAAGACAGCCUUGGUCAGUGGACCAGUGCAGGGAAAGGUGGUUGGCAGAGGCACACCUCGGUACUCACUUUACGGGCCCACCGUUGAUGCUGUUUCGUACCUUGCUGGUCACAAGUCAGAAGCUGGGCGUAUUGUCUGCGCUGAGAGUACUCAUGAGUUUUUGGAGUUGCAAGCUCCUGAGAUCCAAACACAAGUCAAAGCUCGUGUCUUUGUUCCCAACAUGGGGGCCACAACCACGUUCUGGGUCAAUCCUCCCAAGGAAGAGGCUUCCUAA